UCAAAACAAUUCGAAAACAUUUAUUACGGACUUUCAAAUUACCCCGGUAUUCUCAAACUUGCACCUAGUGGGUUAGGUUGGAAAACUGCGGAUUCGGAAAACAUAGUAACAAUUUCUGCUGAUGAGUUUAAAAAAAUUCAAUGGAUGCGUGUGGCAAGGGAUUAUCAAUUAAAGGUUGCAUUAAAGAAUGGAAGUGCAGCUAGAUUUGAUGGAUUUAAUUUUGAAAGUUUGAGAGAAAUUAUUCGGACAAAUUAUAAGUUAAAUUUAGAAACUAAAGAAUUAAGUGUUAGGGGAGGGAAUUGGGGAAAAACAGAUUUUCAAG